AUGGCGGUGCCGGCUCGGACCUGCGGCGCCUCUCGGCCCGGCCCGGCGCCGACUGCGCUCCCCUGGCCCGGCCGCGGUCCCCGGCCCGGCCCCGGCGCCCGGCGCCCGCCGUCCGGGCCCCCGCGCCCGCUGUUGCUGCUGUUGCCGCCGCUGCUGCUGCUACCGCUGCUCGCCGCCCCCGGCGCCUCUGCCUACAGCUUCCCCCAGCAGCACACGAUGCAGCACUGGGCCCGGCGCCUGGAACAAGAGAUCGAUGGCGUGAUGCGGAUCUUUGGGGGUGUCCAACAGCUCCGUGAGAUCUACAAGGACAACCGGAAUCUGUUUGAGGUGCAGGAGAAUGAGCCUCAGAAGUUGGUGGAAAAGGUGGCAGGAGACAUUGAGAGCCUGUUGGACAGGAAGGUGCAGGCCCUGAAGAGACUGGCCGACGCCGCAGAGAGCUUCCAGAAAGCCCACCGCUGGCAGGACAACAUCAAGGAGGAAGAUAUCCUGUACUAUGAUGCCAAGGCCGACGCUGAGCUGGAUGACCCUGAGAGUGAGGAUGUGGAGAGGGGGUCCAAGGUCAGCACCCUCAGGCUGGACUUCGUUGAGGACUCAAACUUCAAGAACAAAGUCAACUAUUCGUACACGGCCGUGCAGAUCCCCACGGACAUCUACAAAGGCUCCACUGUCAUCCUUAAUGAACUCAACUGGACAGAGGCCCUGGAGAAUGUGUUCAUCGAGAAUCGCAGGCAGGACCCCACGCUGCUGUGGCAGGUCUUCGGAAGUGCCACGGGUGUCACUCGCUACUAUCCUGCCACCCCCUGGCGAGCCCCCAAGAAAAUCGACCUGUACGAUGUCCGAAGGAGACCCUGGUACAUCCAGGGGGCCUCGUCGCCCAAGGACAUGGUCAUCAUUGUGGAUGUGAGCGGCAGCGUGAGCGGCCUGACCCUGAAGCUGAUGAAGACGUCUGUCUGUGAGAUGCUGGACACGCUCUCGGAUGACGACUAUGUGAACGUGGCCUCAUUCAACGAAAAGGCACAGCCUGUGUCAUGCUUCACACACCUGGUGCAGGCCAAUGUGCGUAACAAGAAGGUGUUCAAGGAGGCCGUGCAGGGCAUGGUGGCCAAGGGCACCACAGGCUACAAGGCCGGCUUUGAGUACGCCUUCGACCAGCUGCAGAACUCCAACAUAACCCGUGCCAACUGCAAUAAGAUGAUCAUGAUGUUCACGGAUGGCGGUGAGGACCGCGUGCAGGAUGUCUUUGAGAAGUACAACUGGCCCAACCGGACGGUGCGCGUGUUCACUUUCUCCGUGGGGCAACACAACUACGAUGUCACACCCCUGCAGUGGAUGGCCUGCGCCAACAAAGGUUACUAUUUUGAGAUCCCUUCCAUUGGAGCCAUCCGCAUUAACACGCAGGAAUAUUUGGAUGUACUGGGCAGGCCCAUGGUGCUGGCGGGCAAGGAAGCCAAGCAGGUGCAAUGGACCAACGUGUAUGAGGAUGCUCUGGGGCUGGGGUUGGUGGUGACAGGGACCCUCCCUGUUUUCAACCUGACACAGGAUGGCCCUGGGGAGAAAAAGAACCAGUUGAUCCUGGGUGUGAUGGGCAUCGAUGUGGCUCUGAAUGACAUCAAGAGGCUGACUCCAAACUACACGCUUGGAGCCAACGGCUACGUGUUUGCCAUUGACCUGAACGGCUACGUGUUGCUGCACCCCAACCUCAAGCCCCAGACCACCAACUUCCGGGAGCCAGUGACUCUGGACUUCCUGGAUGCUGAGCUGGAGGAUGAGAACAAGGAGGAGAUCCGUCGGAGCAUGAUCGAUGGCAACAAGGGCCACAAGCAGAUCAGAACAUUGGUCAAGUCCCUGGACGAGAGGUACGUAGAUGAGGUGGUGCGGAACUACACCUGGGUGCCCAUAAGGAGCACCAACUACAGCCUAGGGCUUGUGCUCCCGCCCUACAGCACCUUCUACCUCCAAGCCAACCUCAGCGACCAGAUCCUGCAGGUCAAGUUGCCAAUCAGCAAACUGAAGGAUUUUGAGUUCCUGCUCCCCAGCAGCUUUGAGUCUGAAGGACAUGUUUUCAUUGCUCCCAGAGAGUAUUGCAAGGACCUGAAUGCCUCAGACAACAACACCGAGUUCCUGAAAAACUUCAUUGAACUCAUGGAGAAAGUGACUCCAGACUCCAAGCAGUGCAACAACUUCCUUCUGCACAACCUGAUCUUGGACACAGGCAUCACACAGCAGCUGGUGGAGCGCACAUGGCGGGACCAGGACCUCAACACGUACAGCCUUCUGGCCGUGUUUGCUGCCACCGACGGCGGCAUCACCCGUGUAUUCCCAAACAAAGCAGCUGAGGACUGGACAGAGAACCCGGAGCCCUUCAAUGCCAGCUUCUACCGCCGUAGCCUGGACAACCAUGGCUAUGUCUUCAAACCCCCACACCAGGAUGCCCUGUUAAGGCCACUGGAGCUGGAGAAUGACACGGUGGGCAUCCUCGUCAGCACGGCUGUGGAGCUAAGCCUGGGCGGACGCACACUGAGGCCAGCAGUGGUAGGUGUUAAACUAGACCUAGAAGCCUGGGCUGAGAAGUUCAAGGUGCUAGCCAGCAACCGUACCCACCAGGACCAGCCUCAGAAGUGUGGCCCCAACAGCCACUGUGAGAUGGACUGCGAAGUUAACAAUGAGGACCUUCUCUGUGUCCUCAUUGACGAUGGGGGAUUCCUGGUGCUGUCAAACCAGAAUCAUCAGUGGGACCAGGUGGGCAGGUUCUUCAGUGAGGUGGAUGCCAACCUGAUGCUGGCACUCUACAAUAACUCCUUCUACACCCGCAAAGAGUCCUACGACUAUCAGGCAGCCUGUGCCCCCCAGCCGCCGGGCAACCUGGGUGCUGCACCCCGGGGCGUCUUUGUGCCCACCAUUGCAGACUUCCUUAACCUGGCCUGGUGGACCUCGGCUGCCGCCUGGUCCUUGUUCCAGCAGCUUCUGUACGGCCUCAUCUAUCAUAGCUGGUUCCAGGCAGACCCCGCGGAGGCCGAGGGGAGCCCCGAGGCGCGCGAGAGCAGCUGCGUCAUGAAACAGACCCAGUACUACUUCGGGUCGGUGAACGCCUCCUACAACGCCAUCAUCGACUGCGGAAACUGCUCCAGGCUGUUCCACGCGCAGAGACUGACCAACACCAACCUUCUAUUCGUGGUGGCCGAGAAGCCGCUGUGCAGCCAGUGUGAGGCUGGCCGGUUGCUGCAGAAGGAGACACACUCGGACGGCCCGGAGCAGUGUGAACUGGUGCAGAGACCGCGAUACCGGAGAGGCCCGCACAUCUGCUUUGACUACAACGCGACGGAAGAUACCUCAGACUGUGGCCGCGGAGCUUCCUUCCCGCCGUCGCUGGGCGUCCUGGUCUCCCUGCAGCUGCUGCUCCUCCUGGGCCUGCCCCCCCGGCCGCAGCCCCAAGUCCACGCCCACGCCUCGCGCCGCGUCUGA